AUGAGGCUGUGUUGGACAAAGAAGACGCUCACUAGUUCAAGAAACCAAACCCCGAGGUCGAGCGUGUGAAAACAAAUAUUUCCAGAACAUCGCAAAACGAGCUUAAUUUCCCGUUAAAAAAAUGGUUGGAAAAAUUAAGAACGUGCGGCAUAAAUUGCAUCAGCAAGCUGUGAAGCUGACGUGGCCGCCGGGCUGUGCUUCGUCCAAACGAUCGGACGAGCCUUCUGCUUUCCAAAUACACCAGCCAAGUCAUUCUCAAAUGGAAAGUGGCGCUCCUGAAGUUACAGGGAAGAUUCAAGCCCAAAACCGAAUGUCUUCCCCUGCUGGGAUAUUUUCAGGUACAGAAAUUGCUCCAGAGGCCCUGAGGCAAACGUUAACUUUCAAAGACCCUCCAGUAGCCCCCAUACCUGCCAAGAUAGGUAAUUCUGAAGUAAAGAAAAUCAAGUCCAAAAAAGAAAAGAUGAAGGAAAGGAGGGAACGAUGGUUAAACAAGAUAAGCGUCAUCAAGCUGACAAAGGAGCGUCAAGCGGCGCAGGCCCGGCGGCAGGCCACUCCGGUCGUGGGAGACAUGAGCGUGCUCGCGGAAGCCCUGCCCGAGCUGUCGGAGCUCAUCGCUCCUGCUGGUACAGCCCGCACGGGCCUUCCAACUCGGCGGAAAAGCACCGUGCCAGUCAAGAAGUGUGCAGUAACCGAUUUCAGUCAGAUGAGGCCCCUGCAGAAACGCAAACUCCUGGAGUCAGAAAUCAAUCGGUUUGGCGAGGCAGUGAAAAUCCUCAGCAGCAAAAGGAAUCCCCUCAAUGAUAUCUCGGAGCAUCUGAGGAAGAGACUCAAGCAUUUAGAAGAAGGUUCCACUUAACGUGGGAAAGAAAGACGAUGACUUCACCCAUUCAAAGCGUAGGUCAGCGUUCCUCUAUCAUAGAACUCUUGUUGACUUUUUUCUUUUUUAAGAUUUGGGCCUACAACACAGACUCAACCGACGACUGCUUUUCACAACAAUGUUUUUAGCCGAUGACAAUAAAAAUCUGCUUUCAAUGA